UUGCAGACUUUCGGUGAUAAAGGUUAGGGUGCUCAAUGAGUGAAGGCGGUGGUAAACGUUCCGAUGAUGAAGGUGAUGAUUUAUUGUGGAACGAUUUUGAGAGUUGUGCCCAAUCGGUAACACUCUUGUAUCGAAAUCCAUCAUGGAAGGCAAUGCAAACAGCUGCUGCAUCCACGACUCAGCUUUACAAAAGUGGUAUUGAACAUAAGAAAAAAGCUUAUGAUCGAGGUUUUAUAGCGGGUAGGCAAACUCUUGCGCGUGAAAUUUAUGCCUUACGUCGUUAUAAUGGAGUUUCUGUUGAUGACGUCUGGAAAUUGUUAUCGAAAAUUGUGUGUGCUGCGGAAUACGGGUAUUCUUCGCGGAGUCCAACUCCGGAACAAACUGAUAGUCCAGCAGUUUCAUUCUUUCAACAGGCGUUGUGUAUUCCUACUAAUGUCGCCUGUCCUCAGCGUGAUACCGAACUAAACACUUUUCUUUCGCGUCAAGUUCAUCGGCGGCGUAAACGACGUCAUUCGCCGACGGAGUUUCCUUAUAAAAAGAUCUUCCGCUCAUAAUAAUGCUUUCGUUGCCUGCAGACUGGUGUUUGUGAUCACUUUCUUUUGAAAAUGCUUCCUUUUUCGUCUUCGUUGUCCGUCUUUUUUAAUAUUUCUGUGAUCGUUUUCUCUGGGGAACCCUCACUAAGAGUCAGGACUAAGGGAAGAUUUAUAGAAAAUAGUUU